AUGGUCGACUCCGGAAAAAUGGAUCUUUUCUCUACUUUCGCUUCUUUAUUCGACGCCGACAAGCUGCAACAAGCGGCUCCUCAGUUGUUUGAAGUACUUUUUCAUCAUAUUCCUUUUCUCAAGACAAACUUUCAGAGAGUGAAUCAAAUCUUGAACGAUGAAGAAGUAGUCAGGAAAAAAGAUCAGAGAUAUCAUAAUGGUGGUUUAAUCAAUAAUAAGAUUUUAAAAAAUUGGAAAAGCUUUCAGGAAUGUGGGCUCGCGAAGGUUACAAGCCAGGAAGAAAACAAAGAACUUCAAAAACAAAGGUAUAGUUCAAGGUUUUUCAUAAAACGCGAUGAGAUUGAUUGAAAAAUCUGAUUUCUCUGCUCUCUCUUUUUUCUUGACGAGGUCUCGUGAUUUUUUCAUUUUUGUAUGAGUCAUUGGGACCGCAGAGCCUACAGUAUGGCCUCGAAAGGGCGUACUCUCAUUCGAAAUAGUCUCAUUCCGAACCAAAUCCGAACCUUCUAGAAAUUGGUCACAUGCAUUUUAAAUUGUUUAAAUUAGUAACGACUAAAAAUUUUUUUGAUUAAAACUUCCUUAAAAACCGUACAACUCACAAAAAAAGUACCCAAAAAUGUAUAACGUCGAAAUUUACAGACAAACGAAGAAAGACGGUCCCAAAACCGUCAAAACACUAACAAUUGUAACAGAAAGACCAAGGAAGAAAUCGAGAAGAUCAAGAAUUUCAACCGGCAACUCGAAGAAAAAUUUGAUUACUACAAGGAUUUGGCUAAUUUUUAUGAAGGAAACAAAGUGAGCCGCCUUAGCUUUUCCGUAUAAAAUUCGGAUUUUUAGAUGAUAAUCGAUUCAAUCAUGACUUACUCUCCCGGUUAGUCGAAUUAUUAAAAAAAAAUUUUUUUAUUUCAGAAUUAUUUGUCAUUCGUAACUUGAACGAUUUUUUUGCUUCUUGGCAUUCUGGGACGACAGCGAACCGCCGUUUCAGGUUAGUUUCAGAACUCUGUUGACUUAUAAAGCUUCUCAUGAUGCUUGAACAGGCUCAAGAAUUUUCAUAAGCUUUUCAGGUUUCAUUUACUAGGUUUCUGGAACUUUUCUAGUGAAAUACGUCUGUAACUUAAUGAAAACGUUUUUAAGAGAGCCAGAGUGGUUCCUUUAGGGAAAACAGUAAAAUCUUUGGAGUUCUCCCACGGCAUUCCUAAUGGGGUGAGGGAAGGUGAGCGAGGCGUCAAAUUUUCUGAAUUUACAAAAAAAAAGUAAGUGCGCGCUCCGGAUAAAAUGACGUCAUAUUUACACUGAGUAUUAAAAUAGUUUGUUCCAUCGUCUUUGGCUGCGUAUUUGAGAUUUCAAAUUUCGCGCCAAAUUUUUUUGACGUCUCCCCACCCCGCUUGGGAACGCCGUGCUCCUUCUAGAGGUCACUAAAUUUUGUAAAGUGGCCUUUGUAGGGUUUUCGUUCAGUGGCCCCUAUAAGACAUGCUAGUCGUUUAUUACUCUGAACUCAAUGAGAAGAAGCAUUUCCAUGAAAAACUCUAUAAAUUGGCGCUUUUUGAUCACUGGAGGAUUCAUCGACUUUCUUUUAUCGAAUACGCCUUUUAAUUUUCAAAACGAAACUUCAAAGAAACUACGUAGGGACCGCGUGUGUCAUCUCCCUACAGAGAUCCCCUAAAUUUUACCCCUAUAGGGAGCACUCUCCUUGUGAGUCCUAUAUUCCUUACUUUACCUGAAUUCUUUCAGAAAGAAAUAAUUGAGUGCGAAAAAACGAUCUACUGUGAAGAGGAAAAGAAGAGAGAGGUAAUGAAUGGGUAGCAGUUAGAUUUGAUGAUUAAACUCAGGACGGCCGCACAAAAAAGGAAAACAGUUCUAACAAUAACAUAAUAUUCCGUGAGAGACGAAAACUGCAGUGCUUCAGUUUGUACGCCGAGAAUUCGAAUCUCCGAAAGGUUAUUUACCUUUAUAGUUAGAAUUCAUUCAUUGUUUUCAUUUUCCAGGAACUCCGAAACUUUUCGAUAAGCUGGCGCGUCUUCAAAGAAGUCGAAACAUACCUAAACCAAUACAUCACGUCAUACUCACCAUAUUCUCAAUACCAAGAGGAGAUAUUUGAACCGAUCCCGAAUCAUUUUGGAUUUUAA